AUGAGCCAACCUCAUGGAUCUUCUAUCAUAAGCAAAGACAAUCCAAAUCAAGCUCCAAGCAAAAAUACAACCAAUGUAUUUACAGAUUUAUUGUUCUCAACCUUUUACACUGUCAUUGGAUAUGUUUGUCUAGAUGUCGUAUUUGGUAUCAGUUUGCAUUACAUCGCACAACACAACGAUCGUUACUCUGUGGCUGGACUAGGAUUUGCUUAUACAAUAGUAAAUGUGCUGCUAAUUCCAAUGGCUUUUGGAACCAAUUAAUCAUUGAAUGUGCAUUCUGCUCAGGCCUUGGGAGCAAACAAACCUAAGUUAGCUUAAACAUAUUUUACAUUAACUACCCUCACACAUUUACUAUACUUCAUCCCCUUCUCAGUUAUUCUCAUAUUGAUCAAACCCAUCAUAGCAUUAACGAUUAAUGAAGAAGAUAGAGAAGCCACUUCUGAUGCCUCCUAGCUCUAUUUGUAUUACUUGCUGCCCUCAACUCUCUUUGCCAUUCUUUAUGAAUGCAUCAAAAGUUUCUUGAUAUCCAAUAAAAUCUUUGCUGUCUUCAUGUACAUCCAACUAUUUACAGCCAUCAUCCAUAUUUUCUGGUGUGAAUUAUUCAUAGACUAUCUAAAUGUAGGUGGAGGAGUCCCAGGAGCAGGUUUAGCCAUCAUUUGCACCGAAGCCCUUAACCUAAUACUUUGUAUCUUGGUAAUCGUUUGUACUAAAUAUCGAAAAAAAGUAUUCUCCAAUUACAGAUUCAAAUUUUCAUUCAAGAGAUAGAAGAAGAUCUUUAAAAGCUUUCUGAAAGAGUCAUUCCCUAUUAUUGCACAUAUCUAUGCUGACUUUUUUGUAUUCUUUCUCCUAAGCUUCAUCGCUGUUGGAUUCGGGUCUGAUGAAUUAUAUGCCUAAAUGGCUCUCUCAAACACAUCAACAUUUUAUUACAGAUUUCCCAUGUCCUUAUCUUUGGCCUUGAUGACUUUUGUGGGCAAUGAAAUGGGUUCCCAGAAUAUCAAAAGGGCCAAACGCUACUCCUUGGUUGGUAUGAUUUUAUUUGUUGGAUUCACUACCAUCUUUAUGGUUACAUUGACUUUCAUCAAGGAGCAAUGGGUUGACUUUUAUUCUGCAGGGAGAAAAGAGAUCAAUGACAUAAUGUUGGAGGUAUACCCUAUUUUCGUAUUUGGCUUUUUUGUUAUUGAUGGUUUACAAGGGACUUUGACUGGGAUUCUUAAAGGUAUUGAUAGGAAAGACUUUGUGACAUAUUCUACACUGUUAGUAUACUAUUUAAUUGGAAUACCAUUGUUUCUAUAUUUUGCCUGUGAUUUUGGUUUAGGCCUGAAGAUUUAUGGCAUAUGGCUAUCGUUUAGCUUAGUAAAUGCUCUUUUGGCUGUUUUGUAUAUCAUUUUGACUUUUACCACUAACUGGGACAAAAUGAGUUAACAAAUUUGCUUAAGGAUUGAAAAAUAACAUGCGAUGCAAAAUCUGAAUGAUUCUUUGAACAAGGUUUAGAUAGACAACGAUACGAAAGUAAAGAAGGGCAAGAAGAUCAAAUAAACUAAAAACAAUAAUAAAUAAAAUUAAUAUGAAUAAGCUUCAUCCGAAAAUAAUUAUUAAAAGUUGAUAGCAAAUCAAAUUAGACUAAGAGGAUCAGAUAAUGAAGGGAUGCAAUAUAGUCUCUAGGAAACUGAACCAACAAAACGAUAAAAAAUAGUAAUUGUUGAUCAAUUGACAAGUCUUUCUUGAUCACAGUGUAAUAUUGAUGAACUCAUUAAAUAUUAUUAACUUUAAUUAAUAUAAAGGUC